AUGAACUUUGCUCAAACUGGCCAGCUUUCGCCCAUCAGCAAUGACCCAAAGCAGCAGGACCAGUGGACGACAUUUGUCGAGUAUCUCGCCUUCGAAUGCUUCCGCCUCAGCAAGCUCUCUCAUUCUGUCCGGAAACUACGACCACAACAUGACGCCGAGUGGGAGAAACUCGUCAAGGCAGGGGUGGUGGGGCCUUUCGAUACGUGCGAUGAUCUGGCAAGUACGGAGGCUAGGGUUAUGCGACUCCACGAGUUCCACGAGGCCGUAUUUGCAGCACGAGCGCUCGUUCACGGCAGCCACGGGCACGACUACGGCAAGGAAGACGUCUACGACAAAUGCACGUGGGAAGCGGCGGGCAGCACGUCAUGGUCAGACUUUAUACCAUCCUCGGGCUGA